AUGACGACCGCAGCCUUCUUCUGGCGAAUUCGCCCUCCUCAGGCUUCAGCUCCCACUGCCCGUAUGUCUGUUUGCUCGCUCAGACUCCCCGACUGGCUCUCAAGUCUUGUCCAGGUCAUCAACGAUGCUCUUAGAACUUACGGUCUUCCUGGCCCCAUCGAGCUUCCUGCUAACUCUUCGUCGAAAUGCACUGUGAUGGCAAACGUGCUGUACGCUCUGUUACAACACCGAAGCCAAGUCGAUGAGCAGCUGAAGGAGCAGAGUGAGGAUAUUAAGAAGCUCCAGUUCGACCUGAAUGUCGCGCGAAACAACCAGCUGAAACUGAAAGAACAAGUUGCCUCAACGUUCCUGCGUCAUGUUUGCUCACCCUCUCUGCAACAGCUGAAGUCCAAGGAGGAGGAUUGCAAGAGGUUGUACCAGCAGCUCUCAGAAGCGACCCUGCAACACAAGAAGGAGAAGAGCAAGAUCUUGCAGGAGAAGGAGAAAUCAGCUGCAGAGAAGACCGCGAUGCAGCACAGAGACUCUCAGCUCCAGCACGCCAUGAGGAAGUUGGAGCAGCAGCGCGAGAAACUGCAGGAGCGUGUCAAGCAGCUCAUCGACCAGAGAGACCGCCAGCUUAAGGCAGGGAUUGAGAUGUCUACGAAGCUGACUACCAAAGACGAGCUUAACAAGAGACCUGCCUGGGGAAGCAACGCGUGCGGAAGUGAAGAAUUCUUCAGCAAGGUCAUCCGCUCCUAUGAGCAGAGAGAGGCAGAAAUGCUGGAAGAGAACAAGAGCCUUCGGCAGGCCAUGGCUGGUGGGAAAGUCCCCUAUCCUCUUUCCCUUUGCUUCAUCUGCAUGCUCCUGUACCCUUCUCUGCUCAACUUCUCGCCAGUCCUCUCCAAGGAGCUCAUGGAGACUCUCAACCAUACGGGGACUCUCAGGAACAGCGGCAAGUCAAGGACGGGGGAUGAAGGCGAUGAAGUUGAGCCGAAGUUCGAGAUGCCCUUCCAGGCUGUCUCAGCAGAAAUUCAAUCUUCUCUCCGUGAUAGGAUGGCAAGUCUUCGAUUGAGACUCAAGGAGCUGGAAGAUAAGGAGAACAACAUUUCUCUUUCCAACACCUCGCAUGCCCAUGUUGCGGAGCUUGAGAAUGAGCUGUGCCAGGCGAGGAAUGCUCUCGUCGAGCAGGAGGGAAUGGUGAAGGCCUAUCUGCUCCACUCUGACCAGAAACUGUGCGGAUCCCCUGCGAGAUGCGGGGGUGGAGCUGAGAAGGCUUCUCCUGUUCCUGCAGCUACUCCCAGCCGAACUCCCGACAUGCUGCGACGGCAGGAGCAGCAGCAGUCAAGAUCAAGUUACUUUCCUUGCACUAGUCAAAUCUAG